CAAUGAGAAUUUUGCUGGGCAAGCUGCAGCUUUUCUUGCUUUCUAUCUCUUUGUAUUAGUAUAACAGACAGAUUGCUAACAUACUGCCUAGAAGAUACAAUCUUCUUUCCUGCUGAUUGCAUGGGAGAAAUUUUUGACCUUAGAACGUGGAGAUGAGGUUGCUAUGGAAACUGGUAAUUCUGCUGCCACUCAUAAACUCUUGUGCAGGUGAGGGUCAUUUCAGCCGUCCAGUUUUUAUUCAGGAGCCAAAAGAUGUCAUUUUUCCUUUGGAUUUAUCCAGAUCUGAAAUCAUUCUGACUUGUACUGCAAAUGGUUACCCUUCACCCCGCUACAGGUGGAAACAAAAUGGCACAGAUAUUGACUUCAGCAUGACUUAUCACUAUAGGUUGGAUGGAGGCAGUUUGGCUAUCAGCAGCCCCCGCACAGAUCAAGAUAUUGGCACCUACCAGUGUCUGGCCACCAAUCCUGUGGGCACUAUUCUGAGUAGGAAAGCAAAACUCCAGUUUGCAUAUAUUGAAGAUUUUGAAACCAAAACCAGAAGCACAGUGUCUGUCCGAGAAGGUCAAGGUGUGGUGCUCCUCUGUGGCCCACCACCACAUUUUGGAGAUUUAUCAUAUGCCUGGACCUUCAAUGAUAACCCCUUGUAUGUUCAAGAGGACAAGAGACGGUUUGUGUCUCAAGACACAGGGAACUUGUAUAUUGCCAAAGUAGAACCCUCCGAUGUGGGCAAUUAUACUUGUUUUGUCACAAACAAAGAGGCCCAUAGAAGUGUCCAAGGACCACCUACUCCUUUAGUACAGCGCACUGAUGGUGUCAUGGGGGAAUAUGAGCCAAAGAUUGAAGUGCGUUUUCCUGAAACAAUACAAGCUGCAAAGGAUUCAUCUGUAAAACUGGAAUGCUUUGCCCUUGGAAAUCCAGUCCCUGAUAUUAGUUGGAGGAGGUUGGAUGGAAGCCCGAUGCCAGGGAAAGUCAAGUACAGCAAAUCCCAAGCUAUCCUUGAAAUCCCCAAGUUUCAACAAGAGGAUGAAGGCUUCUAUGAGUGCAUCGCAGGUAACCUUCGAGGAAGAAACCUUGCAAAGGGUCAACUUGUUUUUUAUGCCCCUCCAGAAUGGGAACAGAAAAUCCAAAAUACAUACCUUUCAAUCUAUGACAGCUUGUUUUGGGAAUGCAAAGCUAGUGGAAAGCCAAAUCCUUGGUACACAUGGCUAAAAAAUGGUGAACGCCUCAACCCGGAGGAGAGAAUUCAGAUUGAAAAUGGGACUCUUAUCAUCACCAUGCUGAAUGUGUCGGAUUCUGGGAUCUACCAAUGUGCUGCAGAAAAUAAAUAUCAGACAAUUUAUGCAAAUGCUGAAUUGAGAGUGUUAGCCUCAGCUCCAGAUUUUUCCAAAAAACCCAUUAAAAAAAUUUCAGUUGUUCAAGUAGGUGGUGACAUUUCUAUUGAAUGCAAACCAAAUGCCUUCCCUAAAGCAUCAAUUUCUUGGAAAAGAGGAACAGAGAAUCUAAGGCAAAGUAAAAGAGUGUUUCUCUUGGAGGAUGGCAGCCUUAAGAUAUGCAACGUGACCAGGUCCGAUGCUGGGUCUUAUACCUGUGUAGCCACAAAUCAGUUUGGCAAUGGGAAAAGUAGCGGAAGCCUCAUUGUAAAAGAGAGAACUGUCAUUACAAUACCACCAUCUAAAAUGGAUGUUACAGUCGGUGAGAGUAUUGUUUUACCAUGCCAAGUGUCUCAUGACCCCACCAUGGAAGUUGUAUUUGUCUGGUACUUUAAUGGAGAUGUCAUAGACUUAAAGAAAGGAGUGGCGCAUUUUGAAAGAAUUGGGGGAGAAUCUGUUGGGGAUUUGAUGAUAAGGAAUAUUCAAUUAGGACAUUCAGGAAAAUAUCUAUGCACAGUGCAAACAACACUAGAACGCUUGUCUGCUGUAGCUGAUAUCAUUGUGAGAGGUCCACCUGGUCCUCCAGAAGAUGUAAAAGUGGAACACAUCUCAAGUACCACCUCCAAGCUGAGCUGGAGACCUGGUCCUGAUAAUAACAGCCCCAUUCAAAUAUUUACCAUUCAGACUCGAACACCCUUUUCCGUGGGCUGGCAAGCUGUUGCUACAGUUCCUGAAAUUCUCAAUGGACAGACAUAUAAUGCAACAGUCAUUGGUUUGAGUCCUUGGGUGGAAUAUGAAUUUCGUGUUGUUGCUGGGAACAACAUUGGGAUUGGAGAGCCAAGCAAACCUUCAGAACUGCUGAGAACCAAAGCAUCAGUCCCAAUUGUGGCACCAGUAAAUAUCAAUGGAGGCGGUGGAAGCAGAUCAGAACUCGUCAUUACGUGGGAGUCCAUUCCAGAAGAACUACAGAAUGGAGAGGGAUUUGGAUACAUCAUCAUGUUCCGGCCAGUGGGCUCCACAACCUGGAUGAAAGAAAGGGUAGCACUUGUUGAAUCAUCAAGGUUCAUUUACAGAAAUGAAAGCAUCAUGCCCCUGUCUCCCUUUGAAGUCAAAGUAGGAGUGUACAACAAUGAAGGAGAAGGGUCCCUGAGUACUGUGUCCAUUGUCUACUCUGGAGAAGAUGAACCUCAGCUGGCCCCAAGAGGAACUUCUGUCCAGAGUUUUUCAGCUUCUGAGAUGGAGGUUUCCUGGAAUGCCAUUGCUUGGAAUAGAAAUACUGGAAGAGUGUUGGGCUAUGAGGUCUUAUACUGGACAGACAACUCCAAAGAAUCUAUGAUUGGUAAAAUUAGAGUCAGUGGAAAUGUCACAACCAAGAAUAUCACAGGUCUAAGAGCUAAUACGAUUUACUUUGCCUCUGUGAGAGCCUACAACACUGCAGGGACAGGACCCUCAAGUCCUCCAGUCAAUGUCACCACCAAGAAGUCCCCUCCAAGCCAACCACCAGCAAACAUUGCAUGGAAGCUGUCAAAUUCUAAAUUAUGCUUGAACUGGGAGCAUGUGAAGACCAUGGAAAAUGAGUCUGAAGUUCUGGGCUAUAAGAUUCUCUAUCGGCAAAACAGACAGAGUAAAACUCAUAUUUUGGAAACAAAUAAUACAUCCGCUGAGCUUCUGGUUCCAUUUGAAGAAGACUACUUGAUUGAAAUAAGAACUGUCAGUGAUGGCGGAGAUGGAAGCAGCAGUGAGGAAAUAAGAAUUCCAAAAAUGUCAAGUUUGAGUUCUACAGGAGUUCAGAUUUUAAGGCCAAGUACCCAGUUCCUGUCAAUGGUGGGAUUUUUUACUGUUUUGCUAUUCAACCACUUUUACAAUGAAUCAAUCCAUGGAUCUUUGGAAAUUUUCUGAAAGCAAAUUAUUCUGUAAAUACAUUCCCCAACCUCCAUCACAAGUAUUCUUAAUACAGACUUGUUUGGAAAGAAAAAAAUGUAUAUUACUAAGAUCUUGUAAAUAUCUGUGGUACAUUAAUAAAAUGGUUUUAAACACUUUGAAA